AUGAAUACAUACAAAGGACUUUUCGUCCUAGCUUUAGUAGCCCUAGUGGGUGUAACCUUAACACAAUCCAGGGAAAUUAGCCGCGAUAAACGGGAAGCUGAUUUGGAAGUAGCCGCUUCGGGUCACGGUCAUCAUUGGAAAAAAGGUGGUGGACAUGAAAGUCAUGCGGAUCAUCACAGCAGCCACGGUGAUAAAGGAGAUAAAGGCUACAAAGGUCAUCACCACCAUGAAAAGGGAUCCAAAGGUCACCACGACAAAGAAGGACACAAGAAACAUUACGAAGAACACGGAGGACACAAAAAGAAACACCAUCACGAUGACGGUUACCACGCCGAACACCACAAAGGAGAAAAGGGAGAAAAAGGACACAAAUACGGAGAGAAAGGCUCUUACAAGAAGGGGCACAGCACCAAGGGAGGACACGAUGUUCACAAGCUUGACGAAUACAAGAAAGAAAAACACUUCUUCGACGAAGACCAUGAUUCCGGACACCACGAGAAACACGGAGGAUACCACCACGAAGACGGAUACAAGAAGGGAGGUCACAAGAAAGGAGGACACAAGAAAGGGGGACACCACGAAGACCACUACGGAAAGAAAGCAGGUCACGAAAAGGGAUCUCAUUACCACGAAGACGCCGGUCACAAGAAAGCAGGAGGUCACGACGAUCACUACCAUCACGACUCCAAAUAUGGAAAGAAGGGUGGUCAUGAAGAUCACAAGAAAUGGGGCUACAAAAAGGGUCAUUAA